AUUUUGAUAUUGAACUGGUUGGUUGUGUGUGCAAUGUGCAAUGUGCAGUGAUCCUGCGCAGUCAAAGACUGCAUUUGUUACGUUCAAGGAUGCCAAAGCUCUUGAAAUCGCACUCUUGUUAUCGGUAUGUACUCAAAUUGCUCUCUUCUCUCUUGGAAUUGAAGGAGCAACAAUGGUUGAUUAUAUUGUGACUAUAUCUCCUGUUGAAAAUUAUGUACCAAUUAAUGAGAUGCCGCAAUUGGUGGAAAGUGUUUGUGCUGCCCCUGCUGAAAGUGUUUCACCAAAUGCUGAGGAUAAAGAUGGCUCUCCUAACAAUGGAAGGGUGUAUGUAAAUAGAGCUCAAGAUGUAGUGUCUAGUAUGUUUGCAAAAGGUUCAGCAAUUGGACAAGAUGCCGUGAACAAGGCUAAAGCAUUUGAUGAAAAGCAUCGGUUGAGAGAAAGUGCAUCUGAGAAAGUAACUUCCUUUGACAAGAGAGUGGGGCUCACAGAGAAAUUGACAGUAGGCCUUUCAGUGGUUAACGAGAAAGUGAAGUCUGUUGAUCAAAGACUUCAGGUCUCAGAUAAAACAAUGGCAGCAAUAUUUGCAGCAGAGAGAAAAUUAAAUGAUACUGGAUCAACUGUCAAAACUAGCAGGUAUGUGACUGUGGGAGCAGCUUGGUUCAAUGGUGCUUUUAGCAAGGUGGCAAAGGCAGGGCAGGCUGCAGGUACAAAAACCAGAGAAAAGUUCCAUAUGGUUGUGUCAAACUUGACUGCAAAGGUAGAGCAUAUUAUUAGAGAAGAGAAUAUGAUGGCAGCUCAGGAGAUCAUCGAGCUAUAUAUUUGUUGA